GCCUUUCGUCUUUUAUCGCAUACCAGAAGUACCCACCUCCGUCCACGUCUAUUAUCUGCAACUUUCCGAUUGCAAGCCACACUCAGAGAGACCACCUGCGCACAGCGCAAUAAACGAGAACAUGGCCCAGGCUGCAACAGUCUCUGGGCACCACUGCGUGCCAACCCUCAAUGCCAACGGCAAUGCCCCCGUUACAGUCCUCGUCAACACUGUUCGAGGCACCAUAGCUUUCACCGUGGUCAAAGCUGCGCCUCUCUCCUCCAUAUACGAAACUCUGUACGAUCGCGCCCCAUGGAUAGCCAAUACGUCCUACAUCCUCACGACACACUCCCGCCGCACCGUACCCACCACCGAUGGCCCCGUUUCCUCCCUCCUCAGCUCUGCAUCCGACACAUUCAUAUCACUGCGCUUGAGUGUCCCGCUAUGUGGUGGUAAGGGUGGUUUCGGGUCUAUCCUGCGCGCCCAGGGUGGCCGCAUGUCGUCGCGGAAGAAGAAGCAGGGCGAGGUGAACGGCUCGUCACGCAACUUGGACGGCCGCCGACUGCGCACCGUCGCCGAAGCGAAGACGCUCGCUGAAUAUUUGGCUAUCAAGCCAGAGAUGGACAAGCGCGAGAAGGAGGAACGGCGCAAGCGGUGGGAGGACAUCGUCGCGAGCACGGAGCGCAAACAGGAUGAGCUGAUGAGUGGACGGACGCAGGGUCGACUCAAUGGCAAGUGGGUUGAGGACAAGGAGGAGGCGGAGAAUAAGACGCGGGAGGCGAUCGAGAAAAUGUUGAUGGCACAGCAGCAGUCGAGCUCCGAGGAAGAGGAGGAGGAAGAGCAGGUUGCGGAAUCUUCCAAGCCUGCUGCUCAGCGGACCAUGUUUGGCUGGGACGACGAGGACGAUGAGUUCAUGAGCGACAGUGAGGAAGAAGAGAAAAUGUUGGGAGAAGACAAGCCCAAGUACGAGGGCAAGGGCAAGGGCAAGGCUGUGUAGGCAGGACUUGCGCUGUGUUCUUUUCACCUUACAAGUAGGAUGCAUGGCGUUCAGGAAACAUUCAUUUCAUUAUCAUAUUUCAGAUACCCAGACAAGGCUUGCCGAUGCCUUAAUUCAUCCAUCCAUCCAUA